AUGAAUGAAUAAGAGAAACUUAUAUCACCUAUUACAAAGAAAAUCUCUGAAGAUGAUAUUAUUAAUGAGAAAGAAGUUCUUUAAUCUCUUUCUUAUAUUAAUUUUAAACUUCUUAAUGUAUAUAUUUUAUAUUAUUUACUUUAGACAUUAAUACUAUAGAAUAAACAAGAAAACAAUGUAAUAAUUCUAUUCAAAGCAUUGUUAACUAUUUUCCAAGAAUCUGAAAAUUGGAUUCCUAAAAAUAUAAAAGAUUGGGCAACUAUCUAAAGAACUAUUGGACACACAUCAAAAUUCAUUCAAAUGUUAUAAAAUUUUAAAAAAUAUUACAUAUCAGAGUUCAAAAUAUUACAAACUUAAGUCUUAUUAUAAGAUGUUCAUAAUUAAAAACUAUCUCAAAGAUCAAACAAUCUAUUAAAAAUUGUUAAAUCACUUCUUCGAUAUUAUACUAAUUAAUUCUUCAAUUAAUCUUUGCAUGAAGACUCUUAAUUAACUUCUAAAUUUUAAAAUGAACCUCCCUUAAGUCCUAUUAAAAAUUCAAAUCUUAUAGAACAAGACUCUGAAAUUAUUAUAUAAGAAUUAAUAAAGAAAGAAAAACUAAAUACUAUUCCUAAUGAAAUUAAAUAAUCUUGUUAAAUUAAUAAGAUAAGAUCAAGAAGUCCAACCACUGCUUCUUCAGGAAGUAAGAGCAGAACUAUUUAAUCAUGUUAACCUCAUCGAUUAUCUGUACCUGUAGGCAAUCCUAUUAGAUAAUUAAGUAGUUCUCAAUAGAAAUCAAAUUUUAGUCUUAAAUAGUAUAAUAAAACAUUUAAUAAUACAGUAUCUUUGAAAUCUAGUGGAAUUUAUUUUAGAGAAAGAUCAUAAACUAAUACUCAAAAUAAAUUAGAUUAAAUUGAUAAAUCCCCAUUAUAAUAAACAAAAUAAUAAUGUGUUAAAGAUUAAUUGUUUACAAAAAAAUCAACUUUAAAAAAUAAUAAAUGA